AUGGAACACUAUAGUCAUUUACCAAAUUGUCCUAAUCGUAAUAGUCCAACGCUUUGGGUAAUUAAAACUGCAUGUAGUUGUCAAUCAGCAGUACCAUUAUCUCCACGACAAUCUCCACAAAAACAAACAACUCAGUCGCAGUUGCCAACUACAAUGUUACCUCCAAAACAACCUAAAACUAUUCAACAAAAAGCAGUUUUACAUGCAGCGGCAACAAAAGCCAAAACUCUCCCUGAAUUAUCUCAUCCUCUACAGAGACGAAACUCAGCUGAUUGUGCAUCACAAGAGCAACAACCCCAAGCAUAUCGAGAAGAAGAAAAAAGACGAUCAUCUUUAUCCAAUUCACUACCACCAAUUUUAGAACAUAGCAGUGAAAACAACAAUCGAUUAUCACCUCCAAUCUCACCUUCACAAGGUCAACGUUCUGCUGGCACUGUUUUUCCACCAGAAGCUAUUUUCAGUAUAUACGAACAGCGUUACAGUCAAGCACAACAACAACUUCAACUCGAACUUCAUCGUCCAUCCGGUUUUCUUAAUAUUGAAUCGAUCUCCAAUCAUAGACAACACGAUACUAAUAGGAUUACACAAUUAAUUCAGUACCCCUACGCCUCGUAUCAACAAGAAUGUUCUACUCCUCCUUCUUCACCACAGCAACAAAGAAAACACCAACAUCACCUAAUUUCGACACAAGUGCAAUCACAACAACAACAACAACAACAGCCACCACUACCAUCAUCACAUCAUCUUCAAUCGCAUUAUAUCAAUAAUACCAAUAAUAAUUCGAUUAAUUCGCAUAAUAAUCGUAUUUCUGAUCAAUCAAUGGCAGUAACAGAUCCACAAGAAGCCUAUAUACGUUUAGCCAAUUAUUCAAUGAAAAAAUCUGAACAACUUGUUCCACAUUAUAAUAUUAGAUCGCCAAAAGCAUAUGGUGGCUAUGUGGUGAGUGUUGCUGAAUUAGAAUUUAUAGAAUAA